GAAUGCUGCGAAAUUUUCACCUUCCAGUCUGCAUCACAGAGAGUGACCAGACAUUAGAUUAUGGUACGGGGAACUUGAGCUCAUGGCGAAGUUUGAACACACACUACUGGAUGAUAAACAAGACGACAGAAAAUUCAUGGAAUGUCCCUUGACUGAUCGCUGAAUGCUGCUAAAAUGAAGGCUGCUUAAUGAGGACGAAUCUGCAGCAUUUGAUAUGGCCUAUGAUGAUACCAGAGAAUCCUUGAUUGGGAAUUCAGUUGACUCUUCGAAUCAUCCUGAGGACAAGAUCAAUGCAGUCCAAAGAAGAAGACACUGCCGAAAUUCUCCUUUAGCGGAUAAUUUCCCUGAGCAGAACGGCCCUGGACCUCGUCUUCUCAAGUCUACAAAAGUACCCGCACUUAGAAAAAUCCUAAUAGUUUUGGCUGCAUACCUUGGUGUAGGAAGUUUUUGUUUCUUCCUCCUGAGGAACCAAAUCUCGGGCAAGAAGACGAAUGGUCUACUUGAUGCCCUUUACUUUUGUGUUGUUACCAUGACAACUGUGGGAUAUGGAGAUCUCGUCCCAAGUAGCACAUUGGCGAAACUUCUAGCCUCGACAUAUGUUUUCGCAGGAAUGGCUCUUGGUGGGCUGAUACUGGGCAAAGCAGCCGAUUACGUUCUUGAAAAGCAGCAAGUUCUUCUAGUAAGAGCUACGCACAUCAAUGAAAUGGUUGGUCUGGCUGAAAUCCUGAAGGAGGUCGAAGCCCACAAAAUCAGAUAUAAUUUUCUCAUGUCCCUCGUUCAUGUCGUGGUCCUCACUGUACUUGGAACCGUGUAUAUGUCGGUCACCGAGAAAUUUAAAUUUGUUGAUGCUUUCUAUUGUGUUUGUGCUACUAUUACUACUCUGGGCUAUGGAGAUCAAAGUUUCUUGACCACCAGUGGUAGAAUCUUUGCCGUGUUUUGGAUACUGGCUAGUACCAUUUGUGUGGGUCGGUUUUUCUUCUACCUCGCUGAACUGUGCACAGAAAGCAGGCAAAGAUCGUUCACAAAAUGGGUUCUCACACGAAAUCUUACGUUCUUCGAUUUAGGGGCUGCUGAUCUUGAUGAUGACAAAGUUGUCAGUGCUGUGGAGUUUGUUGUAUACAAGCUACAGGAAAUGGGAAAGAUCAGCUGGGAAGAUGUUACCACAAUCUUAGAAAGGUUCCAGAAUCUUGAUGUCGAUCACUCUGGAACUUUGACAACAUCUGAUUUAACUUCAACCAUGAGGAGACAUUCACCCCAUCUAGAAAAUCAAUGGCAAAAAGUAAAUCCAAAAUGUGGAACUCAUGUCUCCUUGCCUGAAUCACUGCAUCUAGCAGCAAAUGCUAGAUACAAGGAGUCGGAUGGUCUGCGACAUCACCUUCACAAAGUUGUUGAGUUUCAUCGUUGA